AAAGAUUGAGCUUUGUUUAGAUUCGAGAGAAUAAAAGAAAAGCAAUGUCCUGGGACUCAAACAGUUUGUUUCUUCAGAGGAUAAGGCACGCAUGGCAAGCAACAAAGGAUUGCCUGCCAAUCCGGGUUCGCCCGCGGAUGGUGAUUGGUUGAAAUCUGACCCCGAGUAUGAAUACAAUGAGAUUGAACCAGAUUCAGAUUUGUUUGAAGCAGUAUCCAAAGAGGACAAAUCAAAGACCGUGGAUGAACAUCUUCGAAAGGCCCUUAACGACAUCAAAGAACAAAACGAGGCCUACAGAAAGAAAGAAUCCCUGUUUUACUGUCGCCCGUCCAACAUUGAUCUUUUGACGAAUCAAACUAGGCUUGGAGGGUUCAUAAACAAAAGUUGGAGAAGUUCAAGUGUGUUUGGGAGUGGGGCUCCAUCUUUUAACAGCACGAAAUCAACGGAAUACUUGUCCUCUUUAGAGGAAAAGCUAAAAAACGAAGGCGGUCCCCCACUGGAGUUUCAUACUGAGAAGAAAUUCCGAACAGGAGUGAGGGAUCAAGGAAAGAAGUGCCAUUGCUGUGCCGUGUUCGCUUCAGUGGCCGCCAUUGAGACAGCCGUCCUCAUUGCCAAUCCAAAUCAGAAAAACGACUUGCAUUUGUCGGAGCAAGCACUUCUAAAUUCUGCCACUUCAUACGACAAUGGCGAUGGUUGCGAAGGAACCUCGUCCUUGGAUACGUACCUCAAGUGUGUGAUCGAAAAGUGCGGAGGCCAACUACCUUUAGCGAAGGAUGUUCCUUACAAAGAAAAGCAGGAAAACACAAUUGAUACAAAUGAUACAACAAUGCCCGACAAUUACGACUCAGGAGUCAAGGUCACGGAUUACUACUUUUUCAAGAAAAAGUUGACGGAUGAUCGAAUGAAAGCCUUACUUUUAAAGCAUGGCGCUGUUGUAGUGGCCAUCUAUUCGAGAGAUAAAGAUUCCACUCUCCACAAUGCAAUGCUAACCUACGGCUAUCAAAACUCAAUGAUCAAAAACUCUUGGGGAACUGGAUUUGUGGAAAAACCUUUCAAAAAUGACUUGUUGUGAAGCGGUGCUCUUAUUUGUGAAUUACAUGUUGCAUGGCCCAUUUGGCAAGAAA